GUUAACAACAUAUCUGUUUGGCAACAACAACAAAAUGUAAAAAGACGGAACUUGUUGCAAAAGUCGCCAAAAAUUGUUUAAAAACUAAGGAGGGCACUCAACAAGCAAACAACAUACGCUGGUGCAGGGGUUAGCAGAGGCUUAACAACUAAAUGCGCAUUAAAAUGGAUUGUGAAGUGCCUGAGCAACAAAAACAGCAACAGUACCAACACCAACAACAACAGCAGCAGCAGCAACAACAACAAAGCGCCAACAAGUUGUAUGCGAGAAAGCCAAAGACGUCGCAGCAGCAGCAGCAGCAACAACAGGAAAGCAGCGACGACGAUGACUUGAGCAACGCGGAACGUAAGAAUCUGGAAUUUGCACAAAAAUUAGGCUAUAGCGAGCAGUCAAUACACACGGCGUUAACGCGUCUCGGUUCAGAGGCUAAACAAAAUGAGCUGCUGGCGGAACUUAUCAAACUAACAGCAGAUGCGCCGCGGCCAAUAGUCCCCAACAGCAGCAGCAACAGCAAUAACAACAGUCAUGUGUCACCACCCGCUAGCAGCAGCAGCAGUAGCAGCAGCAGUGGAUCGCUACGCCAUAUCGUCAUCGAUGGUAGCAAUGUGGCCCUGUCACAUGGUAAUCACACCAUCUUCAGCUGUCGCGGCAUACGCAUCUGUGUGGACUGGUUCAGACAGCGUGGCCAUCGUCAUAUCACAGCAUUUGUGCCCAACUGGCGCAAGGAGCUGGCCAACAACAAUAUAACCGAUCAGGAGCUGCUCUAUGAGCUGGAACAAGAAAGAGUGUUGGUGUUUACGCCAUCGCGGCAUCUGGAUGGCAAACGUGUUUCCUGCUAUGAUGAUCGUUUCAUACUCAAGCUGGCGGUGGAAACAGAUGGUAUUGUGGUGUCCAAUGAUAACUAUCGCGAUUUGUUGCUGGAGAGCAACGAGUUCCGGCGUGUCAUCCAGGAACGUCUGCUGAUGUACUCCUUUGUGGACGACAUCUUUAUGCCGCCCGAUGAUCCACUAGGUCGCUCCGGGCCUAAUCUGGAUAUGUUCUUGCGCACACCGAGCCAGCAGAAAAUAAUGGACGCACAGCAACAAUUGUGUCCGUACGGUAAGAAAUGUACAUACGGACAGAAGUGCAAAUUUCGUCAUACGACGCAGCCUCAGCGUCUGCCGCUCCAGGUCUCGCACAGUGCUCCACUGCACAGCAACGGUGGACAGCAGCUACUGUCUUCCGGUUGCAGUAGCAACAAUAAUGCAAAGAUCGCGGCGCUGGCCCGCACCAAAUCGAAUACAGUUGACAAAAUCUCACAGCAGCAGCAACAGCAACAGCUUUGUCAUUCUUUCAAUCAGCUGGACCUGGGCAGUAAUAGCUGCGACGUGGAACCGGCGCAGCUGCAGAACCGCCACAAGAAGCUGCAAAGGCAGGCGCCGUCCCCUUCCUUUCGGUUGCUGGUUCCCACAUACAGCGCGCCACAUCAGCAGCAGCAGCAGCUAGGCAAUAACAAUAAUAAUAUCAAUGGCAAUUAUCAACAUCAGUAUCUGACUCGCACACCGUCCGAGCCCUUGACGGAUCAACAUCAGGCCACCAAGCUAUCCAUUCCUGCCCACAAUCUAGCCCAUUUGUCAGCCUCCGACUCACGCAUCAACGAGGAGUUGCACCACACAAAACGCGAGGAGCAGCGCAAUAUGCUACGCUAUCACUUGAACAGCCUAUUCCCGCAACAUCAGGUGCAUGCUGUGCUACAGCUAUACCCUGAUGAGACCGAUGCAAAGACAAUCUGUGCAGCAAUACUUAAUUUAUUUCCGCAUAAUUAGGCUAAAUCUUAGGCUAGACGCAAU